AUGUACUCAGAUGUACUAGAAGGACCAACUUUGAGCACCAUUGUUUUAGAACAUUCUACAGCACUGGGAAAUCACCCUGUAUUACAUCAACCACCUGCUGUGGUUAUCCAGGGAUUUCCUGCUGUGGUUAUCCAGGGAUUCCCUGCUGUGGUUAUCCAGGGAUUCCCUGCUGUGGUUAUCCAGGGAUUCCCUGCUGUGAUCAUCCAGGGAUUCCCUGCUGUGAUCAUCCAGGGAUUCCCUGCUGUGAUCAUCCAGGGAUUCCUUGCUGUGAUCAUCAAGGGAUUCCCUGCUGUGGUUAUCCAGAGAUUCCCUGCUGUGGUUAUCCAGGGAUUCCCUGCUGUGGUUUUCCAGAGAUUCCCUGCUGUGAUCACCCAGGGAUUUCCUGCUGUGAUCAUCCAGGGAUUCCCUGCUGUGAUCAUCCAGGCAUUCCCUGCUGUGGUUAUCCAGGAAUUCCCUGCUGUGGUUAUCCAGGGAUUCCCUGCUGUGGUUUUCGAGAGAUUCCCUGCUGUGAUCACCCAGGGAUUCCCUGCUGUGAUCAUCCAGGCUUUCCCUGCUGUGGUUAUCCAGGGAUUCCCUGCUGUGGUUAUCCAGGGAUUCCCUGCUGUGGUUAUCCAGGGAUUCCCUGCUGUGGUUAUCCAGAGAUUCCCCCAUAGAGGUUGAUGCAAUCCAGGGGGAUCCCCUGGUGCUGUAAAAUGCUCUGUAUCCAUCUGUGAUUUAUCCAGGUGGGGCAUAUUUGAUCCAAUCAAAGCCUCAGAAACGUUGCACAUUUACCAGGUUUCCUGGCUGACUCGAUACAAAAACUAUGUUCUGCAAUUUGUUGCAGUUCUUUCUUUAAGGCUGUGAUCUUAAUCCUCCAUGGUAUGUAUCCAGUGUGGACAUUUUCUAUGUGAUUUGGUGAUAAUAAAUAAUAAGUACAUUUUUUUAUUCUGCAGAUUACAACACAGAGAAGGUAACCAGAGAAAUAACCCUGGAAAUCAGGAAGUGCCUGAAAAUGCAGAUAGAACUGCAAGAAACAACAGCAGUAGUUAUUUUGAAAGGCUGAACUCUGUCUAUGAGGAGAUACAAUGACAAUGAUGGACACUACUCAGCAAAUAAACUUUUUUUUAGGCAUCAUUAAUACUGUAAUAUUGUACAAAUACCUUUCUUUAAUUUGUUUGCUCUCUGUGAUUUCUAAUGAUGUAAAGCUCUCUCUCACUUCAUUAACCACUGACCAAGUCAAGCUGCCACAUAUGGUAAUAAAGUGGUUUGGAACUGUUAGAAUCCUCCCAGUAAACAUGAUAAACAUCGCACUCUCAUUUCACUAGGUGUGAAGAUGCAUAUAACAUUGUCAUUUUAGCACCUUUGUACGUUUAAUCUCACUGUAAACUGCACUUUGAGACACAAGAAACAAAAUAAAUAAUCACAUAUAGUUUUUUAUCUACAUUUAUAUAAUUUUCUGUAAUUUCAUCCAAAUUGUUUAUUUGAGGCAACAUCUAUAUAAUAAUAAUAAUAAUAAUAAUAAUAAUAAUAAUAAUAAUAAUAAUAAUAAUAAUAAUAAUAAUAUCUUUAUUUUUAUAUAGCACCAUCACAAAGCGGUUUACAGAGGUAGGCUGUGAACUGCAUUAUAUGCAAAGCCAUUUACAAUAGGACAUUGAUUUAACAUCUCAUCUGCAGGAUGGAACACAAGGAAGUUAAGUGACUUGCUCAGGGUCACAUAGUGAGUCAGGCAGUGGCAGAGGUGGGGUUGGGUUACAAGCCCUGGACUUUAACACAACGCUACUCUCCCUCUCUGGGGUCCUUGUGACAGUGCCAAAUUGUAGCCCUGUGACGGAAAACCGUCACUGUUUACAAUUAACAAAAGUUUACCUGGAAGAUGGGUUAAAUGUUUUUUAAAUAUGUAUUUUUGCUAUUGCUUUAAUUAUUGUUAUGGAAAAUGUAUUUUUGUACAGAAUAUACAAUAGUAAAUAAAUGGGGUAUUUAUAUAAAACAAGUAAAAUAUAACCAGUAAAUGAUCUGUGUAUAGUGGACAGGGUUGUACCGCAUAUAUAAGCGCAAUGGAUUAGAGGGGAGAGAGGUGGUCAGUUUGUCUGCUCGUCAGGAGCGGUGACUUAUGCAGUUCAAACACCGUAACUAAUAAAAUCAUUUAGAGAGCUUACAUGUUCAGGAAACCAGCGUGUCAGAAAAUAAAGGUGGCAAUAGUAGUGCUAGGGGAGAGGAAAGAGAACAUACUGUAUAGUUUGUACCUCUGUGCCUGAAGCAUUUGUCUGCAACUAUUGGUAUUCUGUAAAGCUGUCCUCAGAACUUGGUGUUAGAUCUCCCUCUCGACCUGUAAGGGCACUGUGUAAAAGGAACAGAGUACCCUUAACUAAAUGACACGACAAUUUAUUCCGUAGGGUAGGUGGAAGUCGGCCAUUUAGGAAAGGGGUGGAGGUACGGUAUCCAAACUCAAUGACCCAGACGUUAAACAGCGUGGCAUCCGAGGACUGGAGGAGCGGAUGCGCUUCUUAACCUAGGGGUCAUGAACGAGGAUAUAAAUAGGGGUCAUAGCGUAAGUGAUCUGUUCCUUUUGUAAAUGGUUAGGAAACAACCUAAAAGGAGUCCCUGCAUUUCAAGAAAUCGUGAGUGUUCUGUUAGUCUGUCUUGUAAACGUUGUUUUUUUGUUUAGUUUGUUUUCAAGAUUACUAACACAUUCCGGAGCAGCAGCCACAGGCCAGCAUUAAACCCGGACACCAGCACUUCACUUUCCACUGAGAACUGUCUUUUCACCACAAGCACUUAAAUCCCGCACCGUAGGAACUGUGUCUGUGUCUUUGUGUUUUGUGUGGGUGAUAAAACUGGACUUUUUGGUUGCGGAUCAAACCCAUGGGAUUUUACAAACUGAAGUGAUACAUGCCGCUGUAAUCACUUCCAUCAUUAUUAUUUACAGGUGUUUGCCAUAAGGCUCUGGACAUUGUAGUAAUUUAUAAAUAAACACCCUUGUACCUGUU